GAGGCAGUGCCACUGUAUCUACCAUGACUCCCUACUCUGUAUUUCUCUCAGCACUUUAUGUAUUUAUUUUUUGGUUCAGAGGCCUACAAGGGUACACAAAUAAUUCAUUAUUUCUGCUGAAGGGAAAUGAUUUAAUAAUUGAAAUUGAAACACCGAAAACCAAAGUUAAAGUCUUCCAAUGGAAAAGCAAAAUAAGAUCAAAAGAAUUCACCAUAGUAACAUAUUUUCCCGAUUCUAAAUUUCUAAACAAUGACUUUGGAGAAAGGGCAGAGUUUUCAACAGAAAAAUACUCGUUGCAAAUAAAAAACUUAGCAUUGGAUGAAAGUGGACUUUACCAAGCAGUGGAUGCUUCUAAUGAAGUAUUAAUUAUCGCCGACUACCACGUCACAGUUCAAGAGCAGGUAUCACCAGUGGUCCUGAAUGUGUCGCCUGGGUCUCCCAGUUCUGAAUCCUGUAAAUUGACCGUGACCUGUAGCACUCAGAGCUCCUCCUUAAACUCCACCUUCACGUGCACCCCUCGGACCUGCUCUGGGGAUGGAGGAGACCCAGCAGAGGUCGUGACCUCCGAUGCCCGGCUCAACCUUUACCUGUCAAAUGGUUCGAUCGGCAUCUGUAACCAUAGCAACAAAGUGAGCAGGUCAAAGGCCACGAUGGAGAUAAAACCUCUGUGUUUUAAAGAGGCUGUUUUUCAUGAUAACAACUCAAACUAUGAGAAAUUAAUCAUCCUCUGUCGGUCGGUUUUGGUCAUUCCUAUCAUCAUUUUGGUUAUUUUUUAUUGCUGGAGAAAAAACAACAAUCACCUCAAAGGCCAUUCUGAUCAGAGUCCAAACUGUGACCAAGCUGCCGCAGUCUAUAUGAAUGUGAGUCUGUUAGGAGCCCCUCCUCUCCCUUUAGAACCCGCCGACAUGGAACUAAACCUAAUAAGGGCUUAGAGGGUUGCUGGUUCAAUCCCUGACUACUAAUGUCAGGUGGUCCUUAUGCAAGAUCUUGAUCAUAAAAAUACAAACACAGAGAGUCAGAGUGACAUGGAUGAUCCUGUAGAUAUUUAAAAAAAAAUAGAGGUUACAGUAAGUUUAUUUAUUUAUUUUUUUCCCGAAAUUUUGGACAUACAAAUUUUGUACAGAAUCUAUCUCCAUCAUCUAUAAGAUAACAUAUUGUAAACAUUUCGUGUGUAUUCUAAAGUAUAUUUUAAUUUGAUAUAUCAUUUGUUUCUUUAUUGAUACCUUGUUCUUGAAUAUGCCUAAACGGUCUGUGUAUAAACAUAUAUAUAUAUAAAUAGCAUUUAUCAAUUAAUACACCAUUAUGUUUUACAACGCAGUAUCAUGUUUUAAUACACACGAAUCUUCAGCAGACACUUUUAUCUGAAGCCACUUGCCAGUGAUGGCAUACUGUCAAAAUAGUAAAAAAAUAUAAUGACCAUUGUUGUCAUUGUCUGUCGUGCUGCAUGUACUUCCUCUACCUCUAGCCUGUCUGCUAUAACUUCAGAUAGUUAGCCAGAAAAGAAGGCAGGCUAGUUCUCACACCCCAUCGGGUUUUUUGUGCAGCAACAGGAAGUAACAGGAAGUAGCCGGUCAGAGCAAUAACCACAGCUGGUACUCAAACACUCCGAACAUGAUUUCCUUCACGUAGUUUCUUUUUUUCUCAAGUUCAGUUGCUGUUUGUAAGGACAACUUAUUAAGCAUAUUUUACACAUUUAUUUAACCAUUCACAGCAAUGGAGACAUUCAAAGAGCAGCUGGAUGGAUAGAGGAGAGAGACUAUUCAUGUAGCUAUAGCGUUAUACACAGGGGCACAUCCAGUAGAAAAAGAUUCACCCAUUAUUUAUUCCUUCAAAGUAUUUUAAAAUAUAAAUAUUUUACUUCAUGUUAACACUAUCUUCCAACGAUGGCCCUUCUACUAUUCUUUUUUGUAUUGUUUUCUUAUUUUGCAGAACAUUUUCCCUUUUCAUUAUCUU